AUACUACUUAUCAAUUAGACAUGAGGAUAUGUUCAUAAAAUUCACUUUUUAUCUGAUGUGAGAUUCAAUCAAGAGAAAAUGUACCAAUCAUAUCUAAUACACUUGUUACUAGAUUGAGAUUGUUUAUUAUGUAAUUCUAUGUUCACUUGAGAAUAGUUUCAAUGUAUUAAAUUACUGUUCGGUUUAGCGAACUAUGUUUGCACACUUAUGAGGGGAUAUUGUUUAGUUAAGAAAAAAGCACACUCAAGUUAAUUGUGUUGAAGAAAGAUUUUCACUGAAAGCACUUCACCUAAAUAUAUCAAUAUCUCGAAAACACCGACCCAUAAUGGAUAAGCUAACAAAGGAGUAUUUAUGCAAAUGAAAGUACCUCACAGGGAAAGUAAAGAUUGUCACUAAAUGAGAUAAUAAAAAUAUCCUUCAUAAACUUUGUUAUGUUUUUAGAAUGUAAUACCAUAUUUAAGUGAAACUUCUGUGGUAGCUUACAAUGGAAUUCAUAAUGCACGUUUCGUACUAUUCGAGAUACAUCAGCUUGGUACGCUUGAAUCCGUGUUGAUAUUCAUACCGGGCCUCGAACCCAGUACCUAUCGGAGCACUCAGCUAGCGAUACACCUAUGUCAAAGAAACUGAUCAAUUUCAGUUCAUAACACUAACAAAUAAAAGAUCAAAGCCUUUAUAAGUGAAAAUAAUAUCAUUAUAUUUAAAAUAGAAGACCAGCAAAACACACCAACAUGUUAUAUUCAGUAUUCUCAAAUUACCCGCAUGUUGAAUUCGGAAAGCAUGUUUGUAAUUGCUUAGAGUUGAUUUAGAAAUAUACAUUCUUAGAUGAAGAGGUUUAUCAUCAUUCCUAGUUUGUCGUUUAUUUAGACAAUGUUGAAUUUGACACUGAUGUUGUUGAAUAAGCAUGCACUAAUUUAGUUAAGCAAGAUUAUGAGUUACAUGUUAGUUGAUAUGGAUACCAGUAAACUGAGCAUCUGAUUUGCUCACAGUCUCACUUUUUAUAGAUGAUCAGACUGCCUACUUAUGAGUAGCUAAAAGUUACGAUGUUUGGUAAUUAUUCUAACGUAAACAGUUUAAGCUAAAUGGUUGCGUAAGCGAUCUCUAUUUUCCACUUUGUUUCAAGGGAGUAGAUUUAUCCAUCUUUUGGUUCCGAAUUUUUUUAUCUUUGUUGCUCAGCACAAAUACAUAAAAAUAAUUACAGUAUGUUAGAUAGAAUCACAAUAUGAAGGUAGAGCACACUUAGUGUCCUUGAUCACUAUAAUAAUCCUUUUUAGAUAUCUGUGUCACCAACCUAACCACGCAAAUGCAAACUACAGUCUUCGUUAACUGAACUUCUCUCGGUUGUCAGUAAAGCAUGACACAAGUUUGGAAUGAUAUCAUGAAUGGUACAAUGGUAAACCAUCAUUGAAAACCUGGAAGCAUUGUAUGGCCGUUUCGUCCUGGUAUGAAACACCUCAAUAGUGCGCAUCUACCAUCCCUCACACGAGACUGGAACUCAGGACCUUCGGUCUCGCGCACAAUAAUGAUCGCUCAUUUAUUCUAGCUUGGUUUGGAUAUUGAAGAAUUAGAAGAAAUGGAAUGUGAUGCAGGACUUGGCAAUGGUGGUUUGGGUCGACUGGCUGCAUGUUUUCUUGACUCAAUGGCUACAAUUGGUUUAGCAGCUUAUGGUUACGGAAUACGUUAUGAAAAUGGCGCUUUUCAUCAGAUGAUAAAGGAUGGAUGGCAGGUUGAAGAACCGGAUGAAUGGUUACUUUAUGGUAAUCCUUGGGAGAAAGAACGCCCUGAAUUCACUCGCAUAGUUCAGUUUUACGGUACAGUUAUGCGCAAUCAUUUAGAUCAAUGUAAAUGGGUUGACACAGAAACAAUAUGCGCCCUACCUUAUGAAGUUCCUAUACCUGGAUAUCGUAAUCAGACAUGUAAUACGCUUAGAUUAUGGUCCGCUAAGGGCAGGAAAUACUUUGAUACGAAAAUUAUUCAUAACAAUGAUUAUAUAAAUGCUAUACUUGGCCGUAAUGAAGCUGAAAAUAUUUCUCGUGUUCUUUAUCCAAUUGAAAGUGCAUUCGAAGGUAAAGAAUUGCAAUUAAAACAGGAAUACUUUCUUGUAUCCGCUACAUUGCAAGUAAGCUGAAACGUUUAUCUAUCAUCCAUGAUUUCAUCUGUGGUUAUGUAUAAUAUGAUUUAUUUUAGCCAUUCGAUAAUAACUGCGACUAAUCGAUUUAAACAGUUGAUCACCUUAACAUAAACAUCAAACACAAUUUACAGUUGAUUGAUCAUUAGGUAGUGAUCAGUGUUACGUGUGUUAUGUUAUUCUUAGUGCAGAUCGAAUUCUAUCAACCAAGUUGCAAUGUAGUCACUGGUCUAGGUGACUUGACACCGCGUGCUCGAAACCUAGGUUCAAGGCUUCCUGUUGACUACCUCCAACCACCAUUUCACUAAACACAAUGAAUAAACAAUUGUUCAAACAGUUUUAUGGGUCUUUUUUGGGGGGUGGGGUAGACGGAGAAUAGUGAGGAUACUUUUAGUUUAGAGUGUGAAUCGCUUUCAACAGAGAAAGAUAUAUAUAAAUCAUGUGGUCAAGUUUAAAAGUAAAUGCUCAUAUCGAACCACACAAAAAACAUGAUGAAACUAUGGUGUGUAAUGUAAUCUUGUUAUAAUAUUAAAUAAUUUCAUCUUAUUCGUAUUAAUUAAGUGCCACUCAUAUUACUAAAUAGUGAAAGAAAACUGUAUUACUGUAUCUUAAAAGUUCUCAAUCCAUUUACUUUAUGAAUUUCAUACUGAGUAAAAUAUACUUACUUACUUACUUACUGACUUACGCCUGUUACUCCCAAUGGAGCAUAGGCCGCCGACCAGCAUUCUCCAACCCACUCUGUCCUGGGCCUUCCCUU